GUAAUGGAAAUUUUGUGUUCUGUGCGUUGCUAAAGCAGUUUUUAAAAUAAAAUAAAAUGAAUUUGAGCGAUUAAUUUCGAGAAAAGUUCAGGGAUUUGGUGGUUCAUGGUUCACGAGGCACUUGUAAGUCUUAGGAAUGUAUUCAGAAGUUCUAUCUUUAACUCUCGCCUUACCUAUGAACGGGAGUUGGCAUGCAGUAGCCUCUUCCAUCGAAUUGAGGAUAUUUUCGUGAUAAGCAUGUCAACUCUGUCCACGGACGUCCUAUUAGCUAUAUAUGUAAUGAUGAGAUAUGCAGCUUCGUGGAAGUAUCGAUUCACUGCAAAUCUUCUUCAGCAACAUUAUUAUAAAGAUAAGUGAAAAUUCGUUCAGUGCCAUUUGUUCAGAAAUAAAAUCUGGUUAUGAAACCUCAGAAUGUAUGAUUUUUGCCUAUUUAUGUCCCAAUGUUAGGAAUUCUGGUAGUAUGUAUCAGCCUCAUACUUCUCAAAAGAAAUUUAAAGGCUAGUGUACCUGCUUAUUUCCAUUUAUUGGCUUCACCUCAGUAUGAAAAGUGCCUCAAGCACUAAAAUAUUUAGAACAUGAGACUCGAAGCAUAAUCUUACGGACAAUGUAUAAGUAGAAUAAAACCAUGUGAAAGGCUAUCUGGAUAUAAUCUACAACGAAGAUGGUUCUAGAGAAAAAAACGUUUACUUUUCACUUACUCCUAAAUGAGAUUAAGUUGCUAGACUAUUGAAAACAUUACGAAAAAAUAUUGCAUUUACCCUGCCACUUGUAUCCGUUUUAUCAAAAUGGCUAAAAAAAUCCAAAAAGGAAAAUAACGAAGCUGUAUUCCGAAAAGAUGCAUUUAUCUGUGCAUUCAAAAACCAAACUGUUAAUAAAUCUUUCACAUAUACUUUAUUUUAUCUCUACGGUUUUAUAUUUAUAGGUUAGACCAAAUAUAUGAUUAAGCAUACGCAAUUGCUGUCUAAUAUUUAGAAGUGCAACAAAGUUAUGAGUUCGGAAGAAAUACUCGACUCUUUUCGAGCUGCGAUUUCCACAUCGGACAUAGAAAAGGUUAAAUCUCUCCUUUCAGAGGAUAGGUCACUAAUCAACUCCUAUGACAAAGAGGGCUUAUCUCCACUGCAGUUGGCUUGUUUCCGGGGAAACCUUCCAGUCGUUGAGUUUCUUCUCAAAUAUGGCGCAAAUGUAAACUCUUCUUCUCACAAACAGGGUUAUACUGCCCUAAUGUUUGCUGGUCUUUCAGGAAACAUUGAGGUUGUUGAACUUCUUCUUCAUUAUGGGGCUCGAAUAAAUGAUGUAAACAGUAUCGGCAGGACCGCCUCUCAAAUGGCCGCAUUUGUAGGGAAUCAUAACGUCGUCACUCUUAUUAAUAACUAUCUGGAAAGAGAAGAAAUAGCCGUUUACGUGUCGAAGUCACAAUUAUUGCCUGAACAUGUAUCUACGAUUCACAAACUAGUUUUGCAGCUAAAUAUUUCACCUGUUAAAGUCUUUCUGCUAAUGAACAAUGAGAUCGAAACCUGUAGUCGCUCAGGAGAAAAUUACGAGAAAUGUAUGUUGACUCAUUGGCGUUGCAUCCAUACUAUUCUUGAAGAUUUAUGCAACAAAUAUUUCACACCUCAUUUAACACAUGAACCAUUAUCCUUAAAACUUCAUUUAUUGGCCUGUUGUAUACGCCGAGCCGGAGAGUAUUACGACAAAGAGCCGAAAAUUACAGAUAUUCAAGAUCGUGCUUCUUCACCAUUGAAACAACUGAUUAGAAAAUUCUUAGUCGGUACAGAGCCCUAUGGUUUGCCGUUAGGUCAAGAGCAAUUCUUACGACAAUCCUUGACUUCGUUCCCCCACCAUCAAUCGACCCUAUGGAGACAUAUUGUCCAACAAAUAUCCCCACUAGAUUUAGGCCGUAUGCCAACAGCGUUCUCUGUUCUUACAAAAACAAUCAACGGUACUAUUAUAUACAAUGCUCGUCCUCUUGAACUUUGCGCAACAUGUGGAGAUGGUCCUGAACUGGGAAAACCAGGAACGUUGAAAGCAUGUCAACAAUGCAAAAUUACUUCUUACUGUUCAGUCUCUUGUCAACGUUUACACUGGUUUACACAUAAGAAAUUUUGUUCAGUCAUUAAAAAACAUAAAAAGGAACUCGAAUUGGCCAAGUGAAGCAUAAAUAACAUUGCAAUUUGUGAUACUUAAACUAACUUUUAUUCCACUUUAAUGAAGAUUUGUUGUCAAUAUUUAAUUUAGAAUAAUUUAUUAUUAAUAAAGUUUCUAAUCAAAUAAA